CCGUGGCUCCUCCGGAAAGCGCAAGUCGAGCAAAGCCGAAGUACCGAAAGAUCCACUUAAAAUCGGUAGAAACUGUAGGCGAAUUGUAGAAGCGGUCACAGUAGAAGAAUAGCUCCCUCCUCUCUCUCUUUCCGCAGUCUCAUUUCCAGUUUAUACUCUCUUCUGUGUGUACAGCCUGACGGGAAAAUUAACGGUAAAUUCAGCCAAAAAGGAGAAUGACGGAGGCGGUGAUAAGGAAGAAGGCGGGAAUGGCGAGCGUGAAGGAUAUGCCGGUCCUGCAGGAUGGUCCGCCGCCGGGAGGUUUUGCGCCGGUCCGAUUCGCACGGAGGAUCCCGAACAAGGGCCCGAGUGCGAUGGCAAUUUUUCUAGCCGCUUUUGGUGCCUUCUCGUGGGGGAUGUACCAGGUUGGCAAAGGGAACAAGAUCCGGAGGGCAUUGAAGGAAGAAAAAUAUGCUGCUCGGAGGGCCAUAUUACCUAUACUUCAAGCCGAAGAGGAUGAAAGAUUUGUCAAAGAAUGGAAGAAGUAUCUCGAGGAAGAGGCAAGAAUAAUGAAAGAUGUGCCAGGUUGGAAAGUGGGUGAAAGUGUUUACCACUCAGGAAGAUGGAUGCCUCCGGCAACUGGGGAGCUCCGUCCUGACAUCUGGUAACUUCAUGGUCCUUUCAUCACUUUCUGGCCUAUGCAAUCCGGCAAAAACAUUUUUCUUUCCUGCAAAACUUCAUGUCCCUUGGGAUUGCUUCCUUUUUUCAAAUAAGAAGAUGAUGUUGAAAAAUCUUUGUGCUUUGUAUCCACAACGGUUUGGUAGUUGUUCGUUAUAUGGUCAUAUUGAUAUUGUUCCUGGUGCUUUUGGCUAUUAAUAACGUCCAUAUUAAUAAUA